AAUAAUACUUACUCAAAAAUGAAAAGCAAGAUCUCGAAGACAGCAAAGAAGAGGCAGAAGUCAAUAUCCUUUGAGGAAUUCAUGAUGAAGUCUGGGCACAAGGAUUCAGCGCCAAUGUAUACUACCUUCAAGAAGAAGCCUGUGCGUGAGACGAGCAAACCCAAGAAAUUUGAAAUGAUGAUGAGUGAGGGCAUGCAAAUGAUUGAUAAGGCCCUUGGACAGUUUGAGGAGUGGGAUAAGAACUCUUUAUCUCAGCCUUUUGGAAAAUUACCUGAUAAGAAAGCUCAAACUACUCGGAAGAGUAUAUUUUUUACUCAAAUUCCCCAACAUACUCAAAGAUUUCCUUCGCCAUUUAAGCUCGAGGAUUACUCAAUGACCCAGAAGAGAUAAACCUACUGAUACUAAAAUAUAUGAUCUGAUUGGUUGAAAUUUCUC